AUGUGUCAUCAACUACUGGCUUCUACAGUACCGACCUUGCCUUCGAACGAUGGCCAAACUCAGGGAGAAAGUAUCGUAGCUCUUUCGAUGACAGAUGGCAAUCUCGCCUUCAUUCAACAAGAUGCCUUCCGAAUGCAUGAUGUACAAGCGCUUGAUUUCUCUAAUAAUCAAAUUCAGACGAUCAAUGUGAACGCAUUCAGAGGACUCGAGGUAGUCAUAUUCAUCAUUUGUCAAAGAGAGCGCAGUAUGAAGCAUUCCAGAUGA